AUGGCUGUUUUCAUCAGCAGCAAAUUAGGAUUCCUUUGCAACGAGGUCUCUCUCAUGCAGUGGCAUAAAAGCUAUCCUUUGCUUGCGGUCGUAAUGCACGGUGCCACGGAAAGUGGUGAGGUGGCAGUUUUUAACACGAAGGAACAUGAAACUGAUUCCAUGUCUGUUUCACGUCCGUUCCGGAUUACAGCCCUUUCGUGGCACCCCGUAAGGAAAAUGGUUGCUGCUGGCAUGUCUUCCGGAAGUAUUUUGUUUAUUGAUGUGAUAGGAAAAUGUGUUGUGGAUGUGAAGUCUUCCGGUGAUUCCAAGGUUGUAGCUGUUGCUUGGUCUAAUAAGGGAUCCAAACUCUUGAGUGCUGAUAUCAAUGGUUUCAUUUGUGUAUGGCGUCAAAAUUCCCUGGGAGACAUGCAGCAAAUGCCGCUAUUUUCACUCAACAUCAGUUCGAUGAUAACACAGGUUUCCCUUCUGCAUAUCUACAUGACUGAUCACAAAGAAAUGGAUAUUUCGUCGCUGGCCAAGGCAGCCGUUAAGGGAGAUGAAAAAGCUCUGGAUCUUUUGAGCUCAGUGAGGGCUUCUGAACUUAGUCCUGUGCAUUUCGAUCAAUACGAAUCCUCCGCUUUCUUGAUAGGCUGUGAAGAUGGUCGACUGCUACGCGUUUCUGGUGAGGCUGCAUCAGCUUCUGUCACAGCAGAAACAGGAAUGAACCGCCUAAUUACACUAGCGAUGUGUGACGGGCGCAUUCUGAAUAUGACCUGCCACCCAAGAAACGGGACAUUAAUUGUAAUAACUGACAGAGGAAUGCUUUUUCACUACCUACUUGCACCCCCAAACGGAGCCACCGUGAGGGAAAUCACAAAGGUCAAACUCGCCGUCACUUUGACUGGAACUCUCUCACUCACUUGGGCAGCUGGCAGUGUGCUUGCUAUGGCAACCGGAGAGCCUUCCGUACGUCUCUGGGAUGUAGAGCAAGCUGACAACUACACACUGGUACCGAAUUUGACGGACCACGAAGAGCCAAACAAGUCAAUAAAAGUCUUACAGGUGGCCUACUCCUCAAAGCAUCAUAUUUCGUUGUUGCGAAUCGUCAGCACUCGCACCUUGCAAACAUGCCAGAGAUUUAAGCUCACUACCUCGCUCAGACGGUAUAUGACACCUCUCGUUCCUUUAUCAUCUAGUGCAAACCACUUGAUCCGGUGCAAACUGUCUCCUGGAGUGACAGUUUUGCAGAUUUUAAGUGCAUACAUUUCCGAGAGUUUGUCACUGCUACCGAAAAAAUCGCGGUUAUUUCCAGAAAUACUUGUUGCUGGUUUGAGCAACGGGAUGGUCGCCUUCUGGCAGUAUGGCAAAGAUAGUGUUGCAUACCGCGAUUUGCCAAAGCUUCUUCAGUCUGAUCCCACGUGGAGUGGAGAUCACUCCAGUUUUACCGAUAUGUGGUCUGUCAGCCAAGAUGAAGAGGCCCUGACAUUAAAAGAAUAUGCACUUCAACCAAAUUCACAGGAAAGAGGCCCCGAGGCUGACUGGCACCCGCAACCAACGGUAAUACUUGUAAACAGAUCGGAAGCGGAAUUCGCUGCCGGCGCAGCUGAAGCUUCAUGGCAAGUCCAGGCGCUUGUAUGGGACGGUGAUGAGGAAAGGUUGGCAGUUGCGCUUUCCACACAGCACACACCCGACCAUUCAUCUUUCUCACAAAUGCAAACUGGACCUCGGUCACUAGCUUUAUUUACUUCGACCACACACAGUGGUACCACCGCUCCUGUACUCAAAUCUAGUACGGAUUCUGGUGGUCAAGAAGACCAAGUUAAUCCCCUGUCGGUACCCCAGCCAAUAAGUGGACUACCAGCGGCGUUCAUUGCUACUUCAACCGCGUUUGUUUCGGGCAGUCAGCAGAGCAACAACUACCGAGGAUGCAGUGCGUUUAAAGAUGAUGCGUCACUAAUUCGUCUCGUUCGAGAACAUGAAGCCCAAGUAGAAGAUCAGAUUCGAGCCUUGUACUGUACUCUUGAAUAUGUCUCAUACUGGAAUGGACACAGAAUAUCCACAUUCAGGCAUGCAACUGGUGACUGCAUCUUACAUUUUGGCAGUUUCUCCUGCGAAUUCCGUUUGGUUGGCAUGUACGACGAGACACUGUUUACGAUAGAACCUUACAAAUUGCAAACACGAACAUUCCAGGAAUAUCCUUGGGAAUCUCCAGCUUCGUUUAAUGGACACUUCCCUUCAUCGUCCAAAUGCAGUGAAAUCAAACUUUUGAACUCGACAAACUCGUUAACGGAAUUGGUUCUAUCAACUGCUUUGACAAAACCCUGUGAGAACAAUAAAGAAAGGCAGACAGUGGCUGGCGCGUCAUCCAAGGAUCUGCGUAUUGUCUACAUUGCACUAAAUCAAUCGGGGAAUGCAAUAAGUUUCACCUUGGAACUUCUAGGCGGCGGAUGCGUGGCGCGAGCGCGUUGGCCCACGGGUCUGGAGGAGGAAGACAUUGCCGUCAACGGUAAACAAAAGCUGCACGAAAAGACAGUCAUCGAGCUGAAACAGAAGAAACUUAGAGAGAACAACAAACAACAAACUGAUGGACAAUGCUGGGUUCUUGAUUCAAGAAUCUACAUCUACCAUUUGGAUAAGGACAAACUUCAGUAUUUCGACUUUUGUGCCUCCUCUGUGGACGCAACUUGGUUCGCCCGGGCCGCUAGAUCAAACGUCACUAUUGGUCGUUGGCCAAAACAUCACUUUUGGGAUCAGUACGAUCCACGUCUUCUGGCUAUCGAAGCUGCCCCUCUGUCCACCAAACAUCCAGCUUACAAAAACUCUCCGUGUUGUCCAGAGGUAGAAAAUAAUGCACCGAAUGCAUCCUCCAGGGCAUCGUACGCUAACAAAGGAAAGGAUACCCCAGAAAGCUGCGCCCCCGGCGAUAACAGCAGACCAUCAAGCAAGCUGACUUUUAGUUCGACGGGCGGACAAGUGCCAGAUCCAAAGCUUCCCACCUUGAUUGUGUCCAUGUUCACCGGUCCGGAUCAAACAAACCCUGUCGUACAGGAGCACUUCCCAAUGGCGCUGCAACACAGUUCGCUCUUGGCACUAGAGGUCCCUUAUUAUUACUUCGCUGUGAGAUGUGAUCUUGUAUAUCGCCUGGUAACCGAGCAAAGUCAACGUCGGAGGAACCAGGUUACAAGUGGUCGACGGUUUGUCGGUGAAGUAGAUGAAAAUGCAACUAGUCCGAUUCUCGACUUGAAUGAAAGUCAGCCAGAUGCCAAAAUUUCCGCAGAUCCGAACGGGCCAGCCACGUUAGACAUGAUGUCCACAGUCGAUACGAACAACUCGGCCAGUAUUAAGAUCCACUACAUCAAUCGACGCGUAAUGCGUGAUUUCAUAGACUUGGAGCAAACAGACUCGAACACUCGAGAUGCCAUGCUUAGCUUCAGCUACUAUCUGACGAUGGGUGAAAUGGACGCAGCAUUCAAAGCGAUGAAAUUGAUCAAAAGCCCUGCAGUCUGGCAGAACAUGGCCAGAAUGUGCGUAAGUACCUGCCGUCUGGAUGUCGCGCGCGUAUGCUUGGGCAAAACGGAAAACGCCAUGGCGGCUCUAAUGGUUCGUGAAGCAAGAGAACGUGAACCUGAACUGGAAGCUCAAGCUGGUGAACUUGCUUUGCAACUUGGUAUGCCUUCAUGGGGAUACGGGUGGCGAGUACUUUCUCAACUGUUCUUUGCCAGUGACCGAAUUCCCAAGUCGUUUCAUUCAACUCCGUUACAGGAUGAAGCAGAACGCUUGUUCGCACAGUGCAACCGAUGGGACCUGGUAAUUCGUUUGCACCAGUCUCUGGGACAGUGGGAAAAGGCGUUACGUGUGGCCGCUUCACAUAAUCGAAUUUCAUUGCGCGCUACACACUAUGCGUAUGCGAAAGAGCUGGAAUCAACAGGACGUCUCCAGGAGGCCAUCGAGCAGUAUGUUUUCUGGAAUACCCCAAUAAUUUAUUCCCCCAAAGUGCAGUUGUGCAUCACAUCUGCGAUGAGUUCCGUUUCCUCCCAUAGGACUGUCCUGCGAUGGUGGGCGCAGACACUUGAGGCUGAAGGGCAAUUGGACGAAGCCCGCAGCUAUUAUUUGCAAGCAAAAGAUUAUCUCUCCUUGGUUCGGGUGCUCUGUUGUCUCGGACAGAGUGUGGAAGCGGAAGCAUUAUGCAACGAAACUGGGGAUCCGGCGGCUUGUUACCAUUUGGCUCGUCAAAUGGAAGCCAGCGGAAAUGUGGACCAAGCUGUGCGGCUGUUCACACGUGCGAAGGCCUAUUCCAGCGCUGUGCGACUGUGCAAAGAACAUGACAGAAACGACCAUCUGUACAGUUUGGCGCAGUUGGGUCGUCCAGAAGAUAUGGUGGAAGCUGCGAAACACCUUGAAUCCAAACAAGCAUUCGCAAGCAAGGCAGUGUUGCUGUAUCACAAAGCCGGAUACGUGAGUAAGGCGGUGGAACUUGCGUUUCAGACGCAUCAGUUUGCUGCUCUUCAAAGUGUGGCAGGAUCGCUAGAUGACCGGAUAGAUCCCGUUCUACUACGGAGAUGCGCAGAAUUUUUCGUGCAAAACAAUCAGUUUGACAGAGCAGUGGAUGUACUUGCCUCUGGGAAACAAUACUGGGACGCCCUGAAACUCUGUGCUGAAUACAACGUGCCUGUUACGGAGGAGCUAGUAGAGAAAAUGACACCCACACAACUGAACACGGAUGAUCAGCAAGAAGGUAGUGUAUCAGGGUCGGAACGGACGAGCAUUCUGAUAGAGCUCGGCGAGUUGUGUUUGGGACAGGGGCAAUAUCAUCUGGCCUGCAAAAAGUUCACUCAGGCUGGUAGCCGCAUCGCAGCCAUGAAGGCACUCAUCCGUUCUGGCGACACAGAGAAAAUAAUCUUCUUCGCAAACGUCAGCAAACAGAAGGAAAUUUAUGUGAUGGCCGCGAACUACUUGCAAACACUGGAAGGAUGGCGAACCAACGUGGACACAAUGCGAACGAUCGUGCAGUUCUACACGCGUGGUCGAGCCCCAGAAUCCCUGGCCUUUUUCUAUGAGGCAUGUGCACAUGCUGAGAUAGAAGACUUUGGAAGUUACGAGAAAGCGACCGGUGCUCUGACUGAGGCCUACAAAGUUCUGAUCAAGGCCGUGAACUCACCGAUCACAAACGAGGCGAGUGAGCUGCGAUUGCAAAAGCGUCUAACGCUAAUCAAGAACAAGGCGGCCAUGUGCAAACAGUUCGCGGAGACCCAACUGCUCUUCUCGGUGGACCCAUUAGAAGCCAUGAGAAAUUGCCAAAGCCUACUAGAGAAUAUUGAACCCGGUGACAUUGUUCGACCUGGAGACGUUUACGCCGCAAUGAUACGCGAAUUUGUUGCCAAAGAAAAAUACCAAGCGGCCUUAUCAUGCAUGCACGAAAUGCGCGAACGCCUAGCUGGUUCGAUCCAAUCCGUGUUGCAAUAUCUCGACCGGGACACAGUGGACCGGCUCCAGAAAGCACUGAACCUACCUAUUCUCAGCGAACCCUGUGAUUCGGAAUGUCGAAGCAGCGGAAAGGAUGGCGCAGACAGAACAGAUGACUCGCCUGCCUUUGAUGACAAUAUAAUGGAAGCAAGUCUGAGCGAUGCCAGUGAUGGACAGUAUUAA